AUGUCUAUGAGAAAAAUUUUUUCAUUAGUCUUUGUCAGAAAAGAAACAGAAAUUUUAUUGGGUUUAAAAAAACGAGGUUUUGGGAAAGAUAAAUGGAAUGGUUUUGGUGGUAAAAUAGAACCAGGAGAAUCAAUUUUUCAAGGUGCUGUACGUGAAUUGAAAGAGGAAUGUGGUUUAUCUGCACAAGAAUUAAAAAAAAUUGGUAUUUUGGAAUUUCAAUUUAUAAGAAAUGAAAUUCUAUUAGAAGUUCAUGUCUUUGAAACAUAUAAGUAUUAUGGACAAAUAAUGGAAUCUGACGAAAUGCAGCCAAAAUGGUAUAAUUUAAAAGAUAUUCCUUUCAAACAAAUGUGGCCGGAUGAUGAAUAUUGGUUCCCUUACAUGUUACGAGGAGAAUUAUUCAAGGGAUAUUUUUUGUACCAAGGUCAAGACUUAAUUCUUAAGUAUAACAUUGAAACUAUGGAAGAACUACCAACUUUAGAUCAUAUCGCUUAGUACACACACUUCACUCACAAUUUCCACAUAUUCCUUUACAUGUUAAGAAUUUUAAUUAUUAUUAAAAAAUUCACUUUCAC